UGGCGUGCUGCUGAACAACAUGUGUAUCUGGAUCUACCCUGAAGCCGAACAUCUAACACAAGGAGAUAUUUAACUACGACACGACAUCAAUCAUGGCAUCGGCAGAGGAGGACUUCCCUCGAGGAGGGACAGCGAAGAAGAGCACUGAUGGUAAACCAGUGGUUCAUCGGGAUGAGGUGGACAAUCUCUUCCAGUCAAACGAACUGGCCGAAGCGAAAAAGAAAAGAAAGGGAGUGCUCAAGGAUGAGGCCAAGAAACUCAAGAAGCAGAAGACGGGCAAAGAGAAGAGUGAUGGUCUUGCGCUCAACGCAGCAGCCAAGUGUGUGGAAAUCCUGCAUAUGAAGAAUCUGAAGGAGGGCAUGCUGAUGCUGGGCUGUGUGAAGGAUGUUGCAGACUUUGAGGUGACGGUCAGUCUUCCGUGUGGUCUGCAAGGUUUCCUCAACAUCAGGAACAUCAGCGACUCGUACACCAAGCUGCUCAGUGAGCAGCUGGAUUCAGCUGACACAGAGGACAUCUUCUCUCUGCCUCACCUCUUCUCCCCCGGCAUGGUGAUAAGAUGUGUGGUUGCAAAGCUGGACUUGGCGAAGGGAGGCUCCCUGAGCAUCCAGCUAUCAGUCAAUCCAAAGCUGGUGAACAAGGCUCUCACCUCCAGCUCAGUGAAAGCUGGCAUGGUCUUGAGUGGAUGUGUGGAGAGUGUGGAGGAUCAUGGCUGCAUAAUUGACAUCGGCAUCAGUGGGUCCAAAGCCUUCCUGUCCAAGGCGGCAGACAAACAAAACAAUCUGGACGAUCUGAAAGUAGGUCAGUUUUUGACUUGUAAAGUGGAAGAAGUAAAGAACGAAGGACGUGUGGUGCGGCUCUCCAUCAACCCCCCGACCGUCGCCCAGGCCUGUGCGAAGGCCGAGCAGGGCUGGAACCUCACCAACCUGCUGCCUGGUCUGCUGGUCAAAGCCACAAUCAAAAAGGUGACAAAACAUGGUCUGAUCCUGGACUUCCUGUCCUCCUUCAGUGGCCAGGUGGACUUUCUGCACAUGGAUCCAGAACAGGCAUCAAACUACGCAGAGGGAACUGAGCUUUAUGCCUGUGUGCUUUACGUGGAGCAGUCCACGCGCCUCGUGGGUUUGAGUCUGCGCAGCUACCUCGUUCAGCCCGAGCAAAGAGUGACCCCCGCUCCUUCCUGUGGCGACCGCAUUGGUGUGGUGGUGGAGAACUGUAAGAUGACCACUGUACACCACAUGUCUGGAGCCAUGAUGGAACUGCCUGAUGAUAUGUUGGCAUUUGUGCACAGGAACCACAUGAAGGAGAUGAAUACGCCAGCCAAUGAGAACAGAGUGCUGGCAAAGCCUGUGCACACUUGCAGGAUCCUGGACUUCAGCCCCAUAGACCAAAUUCAUUUUGCCAGUCUGCGCCGGAGUGUGAUUGAGAGGCCUUUUUAUAGAUAUCAUGAUCUUAAGGCUGGUCAAAUUGUGGAGGGGAAAGUGUCAGUCCUGCUGAGUCAUGGGAUGGUGGUGCAUCUGUCCGACCAUAUUAAAGGUCUGGUGCCUCGGACCCACCUGUCUGACAUCCUCCUGAAGAACCCGGAGAAGAAGUACGUCGAGGGCAUGAAGGUCAAAUGUCGGGUGCUGUCAGUGGAUCCAGUUGCUAAGAAGCUGUACCUGACCAGAAAGAAGGCCCUGGUGGAAACCUCCCUGCCGUUGUUCCUCACCUUCAACGAUGCUCGUCCCGGCUGCAUUUCCCAGGGCUACAUCGUCUGCAUCAAAAGCUUCGGUUGCAUCAUUCGUUUUUACAACAACGUCAAGGGUCUGGUGCCGAUCACUGAACUGAGCUCUGAGCCCAUCAUCAGUCCUGAGGAGGUCUUCUAUAUUGGGCAGGUGUUAAAGGCUAAGGUUCUCAAAUGCGACCCUGAGAAGGAAAAGAUGGUGCUGUCCUUUAAAGGUGCAGUAGAGGGAGACACUGAGAAAGCUGCCAAACUCCAGGACGACUGUGAGGUGGGGAAGCAACUGGAGGCCAAGGUGCUGAAGAAGCUAGUCAACGGUCUGGAGGUUUCCAUCCUGCCCGAUGACAUCCGAGCCAUACUACCCACCAUGCACCUCUCUGAUCACAUGUCCAACUGCCCUCUGCUGUGGGAGAGCCUGCAGGAGGGAGACGACGUGUCAAACCUCGUCUGCUUCAGCAAUAACAAGCAGAUUUCGCUCACUAAGAAACCGACUGUGCAGUGGGCAUUGGAGGAGGGACUGGCUGCUAAGGAUUUCUCUGAGAUCACAGUUGGAAUGCAGCUGAUUGGCUGGGUCAAGAACAUCAUGUCCUAUGGCGUCUUUGUGGAGUUCCCAUACGGCCUCGUGGGUCUGGCACCGAAGUCGGCCAUGACUGACAAGUUCGUCAGCGACACAGCGCUCGCCUUCCAGCUGGGCCAGACCGUCAUCGCCAAGGUGACCAACCUGGAUGAGGAAAAGCGGCGUUUCCUGGUCACGCUGAAGAUUUCUGAGGUCAUUCCUCGAGACGGGGACGCCCAGACCAGACUUAUUAACGGUCUGCAGGAGAGAAGAGCUUUGAAUGAAGUGUUGGCUACGAAAGGUAACUGUGAUCUUCGCCAGCAGCUGACUGCUCUGUGUGUCGGUCAGAUGCUGAAGUUGACCGUGGACACUGUGAACGACGACGGAGCAACAUUUAAGUCUCAUGACUUGGUCAGUGCCACCGUACUGGCCAACAAGUACCAUGUCACGGGUGUUAGCUUGACCGAAGGACAGAAAGUUACUGCCGUCAUCCUUCAUGUCGACAUCCUGUCUGCCUCUGUCCAUGUGUCCAUCCUUCCCAAGCUGGUGGAAAAGAAGAAAUCUUUGAUUGAAGGAUCCAAACACAGAGCGACGGUGCAGUACCUAGACAAAGACUUUGCCGUGGUCUCAUUGGACAAUACAGGAAAGCUGACUGUGAUCCAAACCUUGAGCCACCUGAAUGAGGUCCUCCUCUCUGAGUCCGAGAAGCUGAAGGCAGGAAUGAGUUUGGCCGUUGAGGUGACAGAGCCAAGCUGUCAGGAGCUACAAGGGCUCCCCCUAGUGUCGUGGCAACGCGCUGCCCCCAAACGACAGCGCACGACCUCCGAUAACCAGCAGGACUCCAAGGGUCACUGCUUCGGCGAAACCUUGGAGGGGAAAGUGCGGACGGUGAAGCCUGUCAGCAUUCAGGUCACACUGGAGGAUGGAAGCACCGGCAGCGUGCACGUGUCUGAGGUGAUGGAGGCUGCCAGUGUGUGUCUGGGAUCUUUCCCGACGUCCUCUGUGAAGGUGGGCAGCACGGUCACCGCCCGGGUCAUCGGGGGACGAGAAGCCGUCAGUAACAGAUUCUUGCCGUUUUCUCAUCCCAAAUUUACAUACACCAUUCCUGAGCUCACUCUAAUACCCAGUAAAGUAGAUAAAAGUUCCGAUUUCAAACCAGUUGAAGCAAAAGAAAAACUAAACAGCUACACAGUCGGAGAAGAAAUUACAUGCUUUGUAUCAAAGUUUAAUCCAAAGAGGAAGAUGUUGGAGGUCACCACUGAUCCACGUAUCACUGGCACAGUCGAACUUCUGGCCAUGAUCACUGAUCCUAAAGAUGCCAGUCACCCGGAGAAGAUGUACAAGCUGGGACAAGCAAUUCGCGCCAAAGUGGUGGAAACAAACUCCAAACAUCGUCGCUUAGGGCUCUCACUCACAGGAAUCCAUAAGCUGGAGGUAGGCAGCGUUGCUUUGGGGAUGGUGACUCUCAUUCAGCCACAAGGCCUCGUGAUCAAGCUUCCCUUUGGUGGCAAGGGGUAUGUUGAUGUCACUGAGCUGGCUGAUGCCUACAGGCCGAACCCACUGGAUGCAUACAGCACGGAUCAGCUCCUCAGGUGUUUCCUCAUUGCGUGUGAAAAUGACAAGUGGCAGUUGUCUCUACGUCCAUCAAGGCUGAAUCCCAAGCAGGCCAAGCUAGUGAAAGACCCAGAGGUUUUGUCUCUAGACCAACUGAAGGAAGGCCAGGUCAUCAGAGGCUACGUCAAGUCUGUGGGAGAGCAGGGGGUCUUCAUCAGGUUAUCUCAGCAUAUAACUGGAAGGGCCCAACUUCAGCAGUCCACCAAGUACUUUGUUAGCAACCACAAGGUCCUCUCUGAGCACCUGCCUCCCAACACGCUGCUCACCACAAAGAUCUUCAGUAUCGACAGAGAGGACGGGUUUGUCAACCUCUCUCUACUUCCUGUGGACACCGGGAAGCCGGACAUCCUUCCAGAAUCUCUCCGUCUGCCACUGCGGCUGAUUGGAGAGGAGAAGAAGAAAUAUGAUGAUGCUGCUAAGAAGAAACGCACUCUUUCCGAGAGCGACCAGAACCAAGCAGAGUCCCAGGUCCCAAAGAAAAAGAAGAAAACGAAAAAAGCGAAGGGCGACGAUAAUGACAGCGGGGUGGAGGUGUACUUCCGGGAGGAAGAGGAUCAGGAAGGUGAAAAAGUACCCAAACCUGAUGCUGCAAAACCGGUGACGUCAGCAGCUCCAUCCAGACUACAGGUGGCGGCAGGUUUCUCGUGGGACGUGGGCCUGAACUCCCUGAAGCCGGCUUCUACAGCUCAGGAUGGGGACUCCAGUGACGGAGAGGACCAAGAUGGAAGCAGCAAGCCACAGAAGAAGUCUCGCCAUGAGCUGGAGCAGGAGAAGAAGGCGACAGAGAAGGCGCUGGUGCAGAGGGAAGUCGAGCUCAUGGAUCCUAACCUGCGCCCCGAAGACGCAACUGCCUUUGAGCGCCUGCUCCUGGCCUCGCCCAGCAGCUCUCUGCUGUGGCUCCAGUACAUGGCUCACCAUCUGCAGGCAACACAAAUCGAGCAGGCCCGUGCUGUGGCUGAGAGGGCUCUCAAAACGAUUUCCUUCAGAGAGGAGCAGGAGAAGCUAAAUGUGUGGGUUGCGCUGCUGAACCUGGAGAACAUGUACGGCACACAGGAGACCCUGAAGAAAGUGUUUGAGCGGGCUCUGCAGUUCUGUGAGCCCAUGCCCGUCUACCAGCAGCUGGCUGACAUCUACGCCAAGUCCGACAAGACCAAGGAGGCGGAGGGCUUGUACAAGACGAUGGUGAAGCGUUUCCGUCAGAAUAAGACUGUGUGGCUGAGCUUCGGGUCGUUCCUGCUCCAGCAGGGUCAGAGUGAUGCUGCCGCUGCUCUCCUGCAGAGGGCGCUAAAAAGCCUCCCUUCCAAAGAAAGUGUGGAUGUGAUCGCCAAGUUUGCUCAGCUGGAGUUCCGUUUCGGUGAUGUGGAGAAAGGUCGCACCAUGCUUGACAAAGUCCUGACCAGUUACCCGAAACGUACAGAUCUCUGGUCCGUCUUCAUCGACCUGAUGAUCAAACAUGGAUCCCAGAAGGAAGUCAGGGUGCUCUUUGAUCGUGUGAUCCACCUGAGCGUUUCAGUGAAAAAGAUCAAGUUCUUCUUCAAGCGCUACCUGGAGUACGAAAAGAAGCAUGGCACCCCACAGAGCAUCCAGGCAGUCAAAGAGAAGGCAAUGGAGUUUGUGGAAGCUAAAGGCACAGAGGCUGGAAACUAAAAUGUUUUUUUUAAUCAGAGUAAUCACCUUUGUAACUUGUAGUUUAGCUUUUUUUUUUGUAUGCUGCAGACCAGGAACAGUUAAACCUGAAAGUCAGGGCAGGAUGCUCUAAUGUUGCAGAACACACCAAACCUUUGUAAAUCAUUAACUCGUGUUAAAAACAAACUGGUAAUAAGCAUUUCGUCAACUCACACUUUGAUCCAUUGUUUGUAAAUGAGGGUGAGAAGAGAAAUGUCAUGAUCAUUACUUGACAAUGUUUUUGAACAGAUUUUUUAAAAAGUCCUUUAUCCUUCUUUUCAUGUUUCAUUGUUUUCUGCUUGAUGUUUCAAUAAAUCCAGCACCAUCACAAUA